AUGGCUUGUGGUCUGGUCGCCAGUAACCUGAAUCUCAAACCUGGGGAGUGCCUCAGAGUGCGGGGCGAGGUGGCCGCAGACGCCAAGAGCUUCUCGCUGAACCUGGGCAAAGACGAUAACAAUCUGUGCCUGCACUUCAACCCCCGUUUCGACGCGCAUGGGGACAUCAACACCAUUGUGUGUAAUAGCAAGGACGCCGGGGCCUGGGGGGCCGAGCAGCGGGAAUCUGCCUUCCCCUUCCAGCCUGGAAGUGUUGCGGAGGUAUGCAUCUCUUUCAACCAGACGGACCUAACCAUCAAGCUGCCUGAUGGGUACGAAUUCAAGUUCCCCAACCGCCUCAACCUAGAGGCCAUCAACUACCUGGCUGCAGGUGGUGACUUCAAGAUCAAGUGUGUGGCCUUUGAGUGA